AUGCCUGUGACAGUGUACCCCGCGAGGACCACGCCUAUAGCUUGGAAGCAGCCUGGGGUGACGUCGUCUGCGGAACUGUUUUGGUCAGCAUGCUCUGACGAGGCUCGGAAAUGCAAGACGAUGAUUCAAUCUUCCUUUCAGGAUGUGGCCAGCGAUCACAUACACGGCUCGAGCAAUGGGUUCGUUUAUGCCGCAUUCCAAGCAUACAGUCACCAUUACCACUUGAAACUUCGACCCGAAGAUGUCUGGUUCUCCAUCCUUGUUCAGCUGAGCUUUUACAUAAACAAGCAUGCCGAGGAACUAAAAUCUGUUUUUGUCCCGCGCGGGGGGGAAAGGGAAGUCGAAAAAGAGGUAUUCGGUACCAUUCACACAAUCGACUUUGGCCAGAUGGCCGUCGCCACGUCGCGCGAGUUUCAAAACUACGUUGUUGAUGCGCAGCUCAGAGACUGGAUUAUGCCCGACUUCACUACCACUCAGGACAAUGAUAGGGUAGUCGCAGCAAUUCUCAUGAUGGGAACCUUGCAGAAACACUUUAGUUACAAAGCGACUAUGAUGUGCGGAAUACCCUCGGUGACUCUUCAAGGUGAGAGGGAAGACUGGACAAAGCUGCGCAAUCGUCUUGGCAAGAUUGCCAGCUGGGGAAGGGAACCCGCUCAGUUUGCAGAACGGCUCAAGACAGUUCUUGACUACUUCAUCCUCACGUUUGACCAGCCAAAUAGUGUUGAUGUGAAGGAGUUCUGGAACAAGAUUGCCCACUACAAAAGUGGCGGCUCAGGGCCAACAUACCUGUCGGGCUGGAUGACAGCAUUCUGUUUCUGGUCGGGAGACGGAGAGCUCAUCCGCAACACUGGCUUCGGCUCUGAACUCGAGUUUUGCAGGAUCGGAAAUAGUAUUUUCCUGCCCGUCGAAACAAAUGAUAUCCCGGCUGGAUAUGCCUCCGUUCCAGUCAAGCUGGACUACAGCGGAACCAUGUAUCAAACAAGGCUGUUGGCUGGCUCUGUCGGGCGCCGGUUCACCAGAAGCGGAUGGCCAGUGAUAGAUUUAGAUCCCCUGGGCACCAAGAUCCAACCGCACAACGGCGACGCGUCAGGUCUCGACACUAUUGAACCUGUAAUUGGAUGGUGGAUGUAUGAAACUUCCGAAGAAUGA